AUGGCCUCCUGCAUCUUCUGCAAGAUCAUCAAAGGUAUCAUGCCACCCAACCCCGAAGCGAUGCGACCAUGCUUUGCCUUUUGCGAGCGAGCGCGCGCUGAGACCUCCUUUCUAGGGGAUAUCCCUUGCUUCAAGCUCUUUGAGAGCGACAAGACGCUCGCAUUCAUUGACAUCAACCCGCUGAGCCGUGGUCAUGCUCUCGUCAUUCCCAAGUUCCACGGCGAGAAGCUACAUGACAUCCCGGAUGAGCACCUGACCGAGCUGCUGAACAACGGUGCCAUCGCCCACCAGGAAGUCGGCCACGUUCAUUUCCACAUGAUCCCCAAACCGAACCAAACAGAAGGCCUCGGCAUUGGCUGGCCCCAGCAAAAGACCGACAUGGACAAGCUCAAGGCACUGUUCGAGGAGGUCAAGGGCAAGAUGUGA